UUAGUUGCCUGAAGCAGAACUCUACAUCCAGCAUAAAGAAUUUCCCCCCCCCACAGACCUUUGUCUAAAGUUACUGACUUCCUACCGAUGUGUCAUACAGCCUUUCCUGUUAGCUUUAGUGAAUCACAUCCAUGGUGACUUCAUUUUUGGCUGUACGUGAGUAAAUAAGUGUCUUGUCUCAGAAAUACUCUAAAAGUGUCAGGAGACACUGUCACGUAAAUGAUUUUUCAUCAGUGAGGGCAAAAGUGUACUGGGUUGGAGCCUGGGCAUUGUCACCAGUUUACUUGACAGCUCUUGACUGGGCUACUACGUGCUUUCCAGUUCUGGUGUAAGUAAAAGCUGGGAGCCGCUUUAGUUCGACUAAAUGCUACAACAUAUUAUCCAUCUUUUAUUUGCUCUUUGAGGUUGAACCAGCUCUUUUCGGUGAGGUGAGAGACUGGUGAGAUGGCAGCUGGAGGGGUAGGCUUAUCUUACGCCUCCAUAUGGAGUUACGUCAGGUGUCGGUGCUGAGCGACCCACCCCGAGGAGUCUAUCUCCCUUCUACGCUGGGUGUAUAAACACUUUUAAUUGAUGUCCCUGGCCUGUUUCAUGCUGUGCUUAAGACUGUUCAGCUGCUUUUUAGGCACUUCAUGUUAUGAAAGUUAAGGAUGACAAUAUGCUGUUGGUUCAUAUGGAGGUCUCUUGCUUACUGUUGGACUUUGACAGAACUAAUCUGUGAAGAUAAUUAAAGUUCCUUUGCUCUGAGUGCGAGUCUGUUAUUGGACACUUCGGGGAGGACAAAUAAUUUUGGCACCUUAGAUAAUCUGGAGCAAGAGCCUGGAGCCAGCUGCAAACACUGGGACCAGCUUUUGGAUCCCCCAGUGAAGAACCUUGAUCAUGGCCCCGCUGCCGAACGCUGAAUUAGUCCAGAACUCCUUGCAGUUAUAUCGUUACCUGCUUCGGUGCUGUAAGCAACUUCCCGAAGAGAAUAUUCGUCAGCAUUACAGACAUGCGAUCAGGCAGAGCUUCAAAGUUCAUGCUGACGAAGACGAUCCUGAGCGAAUCCAGCAGAUUAUUAAGAGAGCCAUUGAAGAUGCUGACUGGGUUAUGAAUAAAUAUAAAAAACGGGAGUAGAAGAGGAAUAAUGAAGACAAUGUCAUUGGUGGCAGUGCAUGCUGCGACGCGUGCCCGAAGUCCUCAGUCUCCGGGGUUUGGGGUUUUUUUACUGUUUCCGAAUUGUUGAGCUUCCUCACCUGCCAAAAUGGAACUCAAGCACGCGCUAAGGCAGAUCUCUUAUUAGGCUUCAGAUUUUCUUUUGUGUUUUUCUUCAUUCAGCCGUGAAAGAAACAAAAAGAAAAUCCUAGCUCAAAAUAGUUGAGGGGAAUUUGACAAGUGCUAUAAAAGAAACGGGGGCCACAAGUAUUUAUACCAUGAAGUAUCGUAUCAAAAAAUUUCCUCUGCUAAUCCUAAACUCCCCUCUUCAAGAAUUCCUGCCCUCUUGUUCUUUCUUCUGCCAUCACCACUAUUGUUCCUUUCUCUAGUCCUGCACCUUUCAUGUCACCUUAUACACCCUCAGCUUUUGCUCUUGUUCUACAUAUUCCUUAAUUCUGUUCUCUCUCAUCCUGUCUCUCUACAUUUCUUUCUCUCCCUCAAAUUCUUUUCUGACAGGUGCAUCAGGAGAUGCUCAGGUAUUAUGCGGGGGCCAUCCUUCUGCUUGAUUUCAGGCAACAGAAUUUCUCAACAAAGUAGGUGUAAAUUUUUCUUCUGUGAGGAAAGCCACUCAUCCUUCUACUUAAAUAUAUUUUUUUGAAAGUGCAGCCAUUCUGGUUAAAACUUUCAAAAUAAUUUGAUGCAAGGUAGAGCAUAGGAAACUUCAGCCUUGACAAGGAAUAUCCAGUAUUAAACUGAACGCUGCAAUAAAAAAGCUGAAGCAAAUUUGGUAGUGGAUGAAUGUGCUACUUGUAAUCAAGAACAGCAAACAGGUGGCCCGUGCUGUGCUCCAGUUCUGUUACAUAUUUGAUCUGUAGCGUGGAGAAGUUUCAAACUUUAAACGAAAAAAAGCUGACAGUGCUUGCUAAACUGUGGAGGCAACAAAGGAUAAUGUCAAUAAAAAGGGACAAGCCUGUUCUAUUCAUAGGGUUUAGUUUCUUUUUACUCACUUCAAAUGAGUUCCUCAUUUCAGUACUUGUAUAUCAUGCCAGUUCUGGUAAGUAAUGGACUGUUGAUAAGUGUCUGCAAUAAUUGAAUGAUGAAGGGUUUGUCGGGAGGUCACGCCAAAGCCCCAGUUUUUCGUGGCCCACUGAUAGGUACUCCCAUCGUAACCGCUCGGUCACCAGCAUCACCCGCGGUGAGGAAUAGUAUCACCUGGCCAUUUGUUAGCCUGAGGGUUUUCACUGGGUCUCCAGAAUGUAGUUAAUACAUUUGGGUAAACAACAGUUUUGCAGCUGGUUACUGUAAGACCUUGAGUCAGUAACUGUUAAGACCUCCUCUAGACCGAGGAGUUGAGCGGAACAAAGGUUGUGUACAGGCAACUUGGUUAAUCUAGAGAGGGGGUUUCAUAGGAGGCUGGUUGUGCAAGACGAGCAUUAGAACAAGGAAAAGACAGUUGGGAGACUUGUUUAAUAGGUUGGGGUUAUGCUUCUAACUCUUGAAGUAUGGAGAAACAGAUUGUUUAGAUCACACUUUAGCUAAGGAGAAUGAGAAAACAUUUCUUAGUCACUAGCUCCAGGUUAUAGACUUAGCAACAUUCAGUCUUAGGCCAGAACCAAACUCGGUGCUAUACUUUCUAUACAGAUGUAACAUUGGGAACCGAAAGCUGAAGUCAUGUGUAAAUAAUCUGUACAAUACGAAUAUGGGUAACACACCUAGAAAGGCUGGAAAGUGGCAGUAGGUUAGUCAGUGGGUUUUGUUCAGUGUAUGGGUUCUUGCUCUUAAGCCCGCCGAUAAAUUGAAAAGAAUCUACUUGUGUUACCACCAGUCUCGGAGCCUCACAUAGAAGCCUUCUGUUUAGCGAAAACAUUUCUUCUUUCUUUUUUUUUUUUAAUUUGUUUAUAUCAGGUUUUGGUGUGGGAAAGAUUGUGAUUUGUGGUUUAUCUAAAAUACAGGAUAGUAUUCUGCGCUGCGCGUGGUUAGAGACGUGCAUACUUCUGUCGCAUUCUUAUGUCAGAAGCGUUACUGAUUUCAAUUCACUCCUGCCACUGCAAGUCAUCUGAGCCCUGUGGGUACUGAGUAGAAUUCUUCCAGCCCAAGCCAGGCUUUGCCUAGCACCAUUUGUCAAUAAUUGAAUAUUUUGUAAAUCAUUCUUUAGCACUUUGUAAACUCUUUUUCUUUCGGUUCGUUAUGUCACAGGUACUGCUUUUUUGUUCAGAGACACGUGAGCUGAAGAAUUUGAUGCUAAACAAAGCCCGUCUCUUCUGUGGCGUUUGGCUCGCUUUCAGAUGUCAUAAGGAAGUGAUCUUUACUGUGAUACUAUAAAGAACAAGCACACACGCUAUUUCUGAGAAACAAUAUUCACUGUGAUCUCUUUUAUUUUUUUAGGGGAGUUUCUUAUGUGAAUGGCUUUGAACUUGGCAUUACAGGUUGUGCCUCCCUGUAAAGCUUUGAUGCAAACCGGGCAGGCAGCACAGCGGCUGUUAGACAUCCAGCACCCUAACAUCCAUUUGUUAUGAGCCCUUGACCUUAAACUGUGAGCACGAGUCUUUAGAGCUUUGUGCUCCACAACGCAGCACCCGCCAGCGGCACCCAAACUAGCAUAAGUUUAUCUGAAAAGUGUGAGGAGUCUCCUUGCCAAGAACCGUGUCCUAAAGCGGGUCAGUGCCGCCGGAGGGGCUGGAUGCUGCGCUGUGCUGCCCGCUUGCUCAGCCGCUUUGCUGCGGUCGCUCCCACCGUUCGGAGGUGAUGUAUUUCUUCUUGAGCAGGAGCCAGCUGGCGCAUCUUUCAACUUUUGUAUUAUUUGAUUAAUUUAUCUCGUGUCGAGCCAGGUUUUAUGAAAUAGUGUUAACUGAAGUACACACUAGUCGUCAAGUAUUCCUUUCAGCUUGUGAUUAAUCAGGGCAGACACAUUAACUUUAAAAAAAAAACCCAACCUGCUCUUUGAAGAAUAUUUUCUGUUUUCCUCACAGUUGUGUUUGGUAUUUAAAAUAGCUUUUAAAAGUUUAGAAACAGAGGCAUCUGUCACGUGGAGCCAAGAGCUUCACAGUGUUUGUGUUUACCACUGAUUGGAGAGGUCCCUGACACUGUGCACUUAAGGGAGUAAUCCCGCACACGUACGCUGGGAGGUUAGGAAGAGGACAGGUCUGCAGCUGCUGUUUAUUGUCCUUACCUGUGAUCUGAGAGGCCGAAGAAGGUAACUUCCCUUCUCGA